AUUAUGGGAAAUGGUAGCAUAAGUGCACAGAAGACCAAAACAUUACACGUUUUAAAACCACUUCAAACCAGCAUGCACAGCAUUUACAAACUUCCCUUUUAAACAAAUGUUUUUGUAUAUCUUCCUUUUAAGGUUCAAGAAAAGUGCAGUUUUGCCUUUUUCUGCCAUGUCAUGUGGUGUUGUGUAAGUGACCAUGUUAGAGGAUGUGCAGUGUGACCGGUGUUUGGGCUUCAUGUGAAUCUGAGCAACUGAAUGAGUCAGUGUGCAUGUGUGUUCAGCAUCCAGCUCAGAGUCAUAGGAUUGGGUGCAUAUAAAUAUGGAUGAAUUCAGUGCCAGGUCAAUAUGAAGCUGACCUGUUCUGCUAUUAUGACCAACCUUUUAAUGUAGAGAUAAAUCCAUGCUCUUAUUCAAGCCAACAGUAAUGAGGCCUUUAAGAAACUACCAUCUCUCUACUUUCAGAGCCUCACUGAUGAGCAGGAUGGAGGCGCUGUGGUUGUGUUACUCAUCUCCGACUCCUCAGAGUGCAAGUCACCUGCUUGCCCUACUUGUUCUCUGUCUUUCAUUGGCUGCUGUAACCGCUUCACUACUUUUCCACUGGCUCAUAGACCUUUUAAAAUAUGACAUCCAGACAGCAUUGGUUGCAGUUGGUAUCUGUGGCACGGCUGUGUUUAUCCUGUCAUUUCUCAUCCAUCCAUUCCGAUGUGCCUUCACACUAAUCUUCCCGACGUUGUUCACCCGACAGGGCCGUAAACUGCUCUUGUCCGCAUCCAUGAUGAUCGUAGUGCUGUUUGUCCUACCCAACAUGGCCGCCAACAUCGCAACUCUCACACAUGUCGUUAAAUGUGCAUCAGAAAAACUCUCUCAAAGUCUCCUAAGCAGCUCAGACCUCAUCAACACCAUUAAAGACAAUAUGGUCAGAAGAGCUGAGGAGAGCGUGGAUGAGAGUUUAGUGCAAAGGCUGCAUGAUUUUGAUCACACCACACAUAUUAAUGUCUCAGAAGUGAAGGGACGGUUGCAUGUGUUGAGUCAGCGGGUGCAGGAGGAUUUCUCUGAAGUUAAACGUCAAGUACAGGACCUGAAACUGCUAUUCAGCAGGAUCUUUGCUGCUGUUUUUGUUUUGUAUUUGUUCAGCGAGUCUGUCAUGUACCUUCGGUCUUAUCUGACAUCUGUACGAUUUGACAACACGUAUAUCACAAGUGGGCUCAGGAGAAAAGGAGUUGAAAAAGGACUUGUGGUUGAAGCAAAGGAUGUGAAAAAUGGAGUAAACUCCACCAGUUUCAGAAUAACUAAAAAGGAACUUUUCAAAUGCCUGGCUCCAGCGAUGGUGAUCACUCUGUAUCUGCUGAUGACAGUCUUUUUGGUAGUGCUGGACCAUUUCUUGUAUCACCUGGUGAAAACAGGUGGACCUUGGAUUUCAAACAUGCCAUCAACCAACAUCAGCAUCGAUGUCAACUUCAAGGUUGGAAAUAAUGUGGCCAUUUGUCAGAUCUUUGGCUCAGACUGUCCGGUAGAAUUGUUCAACUUCAAUAGAACUUACACAGCCCUCAUUCACUCUGAUCCAAACGUGUGUGAGGCUCAAUCCAGUGAGCUGAACCCAAGUGCAGUGGUGGCGCUGGUGCUCCUCUAUCUGUUCAGCUACACCCUGCUGCCGCUGGAGGUCUACGCUCGACGCCUUCGGAGGAAAGUAGCAGCUUCUUUCUUCCAGCAGCAGGAGGAGAGAAGGGUCCAGUUCCUUAUUAGAAAAAUUCAAACUAAACGAAAAGAAAGACAAAAUGAGGUUUUCUUUAUAGAAACCAUGCAUCAUGAUAAAGAAGUCUCUGGGAUGAUAAAUCAGCUAUAAAUCACUUAAUACUAGGCUGUAUGUCAUACAUUUGACAGAAUUGUAAAUAAUGUACUUAAUAAGUGUACAUAUUCAAAUUUGUGAAUCGAAUGUUUUGUUCAACAACAUUUAUGUUUUUAAUUCAUAUAUAUUCCUUGUUUAUGUAUACUGCAGUGAAGUGAAAUAUGUCUGACCUAUGAUGCUAUGAAAGGAAAAAAUACCUCAGAGUUUAACAGAGUGAAAACAGCUUUUAGCUUUUACCUUACAGUUCAUGAUGCAUUAAGGGACUGUUUUAGUGAUAUACUUUAGCCUAGUGCCUGAUCUGCAGGGAGUGGAUGAUGGAAACAUGACACUAAUGGACAGGAAAUCAAAAGGUCACUGCAUGAAGAAACUCUAAAUGCUUAGGGGGCUGCAGUGGCUAUUAUAUAUGCACAGUAUAUUAUACUGUGUGCAUAUUAUAUACCCAAACUGAGAUCAGAUCUCAUGUCUUAAUGACGUAAAUCUGAACAGGUAGAUCUGAAUAUGUGAACCCAAAAUUAGUUUUAUUUUUAAUAAAGUGUUUGCAGUUUGCGUCAUAUAAA